AUGUUCAUUCAAACGGAGGUUACUCCUAACCAGGAUUCUUUAAAAUUUAUUCCCGGAAUUCCAGUGAUGCCAGACAACAGCACAGCAGAGUUUUUAUCAGGAAAUGCUGCAUCAAUAUCACCUCUUGCGAAAAAACUCUUUCAAAUUGAAGGAGUUCGUGGGGUAUUUUUUGGACCAGAUUUUAUUACAAUUAGUAAAGAUCAGGAUACACCAUGGCAAUUGAUGAAACCAGAUAUAUAUGCUAAUAUUAUGGAUUUCUUCGCUUCUGGUCAGCCUAUUCUAACUGAAUCUCAACCACCUUCAGAUACAGAAAUCAAAGAUGACGAUCCUGAAGUGGUACAAAUGAUUAAAGAGCUUUUAGAUACUAGAAUUAGACCCGCCAUACAGGAUGAUGGUGGUGAUGUCGAAUACCGUGGGUUUGAGAAUGGAACUGUAAAACUAAAACUGAAAGGCGCUUGUAGAUCAUGCGAUUCUUCUGUGGUGACACUUAAGAAUGGGAUUAAAAAUAUGCUAAUGCAUUAUAUUCCCGAAGUAACCAAUGUGGAACAAGUUUUGGAUGAUGAAGAAGCUAUUUCACAGCUCGAAUUUGAUAAGUUAGAAAAGAAAUUGGGAGUAGCAUAG